AUGCUCAGCCCCAGCGGGGAGCACGGAGAGCGCUCCCCCCCGAGAACAAAAGAGCCUUACGCAGAUGAAGAGGACACCAGUGCGUUGUCCGUGCUGCUGCUUGGUGACACUUGUGAUGCUCUGAUAGAGAGCUAUGAUGACACUACUCUAAUAGGAUCAUCUGGCAAUACGUCACGAGUUGAUGCAAAGGAUCUUGCAAAAGGCAUUUCUAGUUUCAAGUUUCUUGUUUCUCUUGUUGUUUGGUAUGACAUGUUGUUUGAGAUCAACAUGACUAGCAAACAACUUCAGGUGAAAGAAUUCGACAUACGUGACACCAUUAAUCAACUUGGAGAAACCAAAAAGUUUCUUGUGGGCUGCAGAAGUGACACAGACUUUGAGAAAACAUUGGUAAAUGCAGGUGAACUUGCAGAGGAGUUGGAUGUACCGGCUUUUGAACCAGAUCCAAUCCGUAUUAGAAAAAAGAGGAAGCAGUUCACAUAUGAAGCAGAUGAUGAACCUAUUUAUAAUCCGAAAGAAAAAUUCAAAGUGAACUUUUACUUUGCAGCCAUCAACACAGCAAUACAUUCGGUCGAAGAAAGAUUCCCAUUGAUGCAGCAAAUUAGUUCAGUAUUUGGCUUCCUAUAUAUUUACAGUUUGCAAAAUACAACACCAACGCAAAUCAUGGAACAUUGCUUGAAUCUGGAGCAAGCUUUGCAACAUGGUGAAUCUGAAGAUAUUGAUGCCUUUGACUUGUGCAAUGAAUUGCAAGCUAUUGCAAGACAAGUCCAAAAGAGUGCAUCACCACAAGAUGUAUUGAACAUCACAUGGAAAAAUAAGCUGACAGUAUCCCCAACACAGGUUUCAGAGUAG